UCCAGGAUUGGCUGGAUGAAAUCAAUAGAGGUAGACCGAUUUUAUCGAUUUUUAUGCCGGCAUCUGCAACUGGCUAAAUUCACUUUUGUACGAGUGCUGCUGCAGCCGACGGUGAUGCGUUCGUGUUGACCGCCUUGAAACGCUGAAAGACACCAUGGACCAAAUCGCCGAAAACUACCAACUGAAAUGGCACUCGUUCGGCUCCUAUCUCCACUCGUGCAUCGCAACGUCUCUCCAGAACGAAACUUUUGCCGAUGUGGCUCUUGUCACAAUAGACGGUCGCCAGAUAAUGGCCCACCGUUUCGUCCUAUCCGCCUGCAGCCAAUACCUCCACCAAGUCCUCAAAUUACAACCCCGCGUGACCACGGCUCUCCCGUUGAUGAUCAUCCUCCCUCCCGAAAUCAAUUACCGAACCAUGAAAACCCUCAUCCAGUAUAUGUACAGUGGAGAAGCCACCGUUUCCAAAGACAUCCUCGAGCCGGUUCUCCGAGGUGGCGACAUCCUCAAAGUUAAGGGCUUAUGGCGUCCGAAAGAGGACGAAAGUAACGAAAAUCGGCUAGUGAAGGUAUCGCACAAAAAUAAGUCUAGCAAGACCGAACAGAAAGAAGCUCAAGAGUCUGCGACAAGUCCGGGAAAUUCGGCGGCGCCGAAGGUUCUGAACUAUACUAUUAAUGUGAUGAAGACGUACGACGGCCAGAAGGAAGGGGCGAAAGACAAGCAAAGUCAGGUCAAGAGUGGUGAACAGGAGAAGGAGAAGCCUAAGCAAAACAACCAGAAUUCGGUCAUCAAGAGUACGGAGGACGAGAAAAGGACGCAGAAAAGCACAGAAUCGGUUGAUAGUGAGAAGACUGAGCAAAGCAACGACUCGCUUCAGUUCCUGGUGAUUAAGGAGGAGCCGAUCGAGUGGAGCGAAGUCAACGAGUCCGACAUGGAGCUAGUGGACGAGAAAGAGGUCUUCAGCACGGAAAUGACCAUCAAACCGGAAAUCUACAUGGAGGAUGGUGAAGAGCAAGGCUUGUAUUCACCCUUGACCUGCGAGCUUUGCUCGGAGACUUUCACGCUUCCAGCCGAGUGGGUGCGCCACGUGCAGACCCACACGGACAUGUUGCCGGCAAAGAGGCAAAGACGAGGCAAAAGUUUACAGGACGAAGACUCAGACGCGCCUUUUCCUCAGCUCCACUGCGACCUCUGUCAAAAGUACUUCCCUACCCCUGCCGAAUGGGUGCACCACAUCCAGAAUACGCAUACGGAGUUCGAGCUGCACCUGUCGAACAAAACCGCGCCCAGUAAAGUGAUAAAGACGCCAAAGUCGUUCGGCCCCGCUCAGAAUUGUUGCACGAUCUGUUCCAAAAAGUUUCCUUCUCAUGCUUCCUUGUUGAUACAUAAACGCACGCACACCGGCGAGAAACCGUACAUGUGUGAAUUGUGUUUUAAAGGGUUUAACGUUAAGAGUAAUCUUUUAAGGCAUUUGAGGACUGUGCAUGACAAGAUUAUCAAUCCGACCGAGGUGGAUGACGGGAUCAAAGACGAGACAACGGGGGAUUGAGUCUUGAUGCAUUUUAUGUGUACAUAAAUCGUUCUAUUCUAUAUUCUUAAUAAAAUUUAAUCGACUCAAA